GGGUCAGUUAUCAACUAACAUUUUCUAGGAAGUUACCAUUUUUACUUCGUCUAAAUCGUUCUCUUCUUCAGUUGUAAUAUGAAGGCUUUUGUUGUGAUUUUUGCGAUCAUCGCUUUCGUCGCGUCAGGCCCAUUAUCACAGAGAGACAUAGCAGACGUAUUAAAAGACCCAUCUUCAACUCAAGAGGAUAUAAUUGGAGCACUCCAAGCAGAAGGAAAAGACUUCAUAUGCAACGGAGAGUUGGACAGGCUGAUGCUUGAACUGAACCUGCACCCUGGUCCCACUGUAGGGGUCGUCUUCAUGGUCAAGAUUCAGACUUGUUCAUCCUCCUGUAAGCACAGCAUUUCUGAAAAACAUUUAGCAGAAGUAUUGAAGGAUCCUUCUUCAACUACAGACGAUAUCACAGGAGCGCUUGUCGCGGAAGGAAAAGACUUCAUCUGUAACGGAGAAUUAGACAAGCUUAUGAACGAGCUGAAACUCCCGCCAGGUCCUACAGUCGGUAUCGUCUACAUGGUCAAGGUCCGAACUUGUUCGUCCUUUACAUGUUUUAAACAUUUAGCAGAAGUAUUGAAGGAUCCUUCUUCAACUACAGAAGAUGUCACAGGAGCGCUUGUCGCGGAAGGAAAAGACUUCAUCUGUAACGGAGAAUUGGACGAGCUUAUGAACGAGCUGAAACUCCCGCCAGGUCCUACAGUCGGUAUCGUCUUCAUGGUCAAGGUCCGAACUUGUUCGUCCCUGUCAUGUUUAAAACACAAUUAAAAACAGUCAACUGUGGAGGCUUGGUUUUUUUGAAUCGGAAACAUUUAUGGUAUUUUUUGAAAUUCUGAAAUCGUUGAUCAAUUUUGAAUUCGUUACUUUUGAG